AUGGAAAUGAAAAUGAUGAAUGAUUUAAUUAGAAAUGCUCAUUUUCAAAUAAACAAAAUGAAUUGGGAAGAGAAAGUUCAAAAUUUCACUGAUAACACUUGGGAAUGUUUAUGUGAUAAUGUAACUGAUAUUACUAAUGUUAAAAAAACAUUGGAAAAUGAUAUAUUAUCAAGUAUUUAUAUGAUGCAGCAUAGUUUACUUAAAAUUGAUGCAUUUCAAAAACGAAAAAUGGGAUUGAAUAAAUAUUGUUCAACGAUACGUUUACUCAUUUAUGAUAGACUGAAUAAAUGCAUAGCAAUGUUGGAUAAUAUAUUGGCAGCAAUGCAAUUUAUAAUAAUUGAAAUUGACAAACAAUUUGAUUCAAUUUAUUCGGUUAAUCGAUACAUUGCAUUAUUUAAUGAGUUGUACCAGCAGUUUCAGCACAAUCACCAGGUAUUUCAUUCAAAUUAA